AAAGCCACACAGACAAAAGCAACUACCAAGUUUUUGUCUGUAGCGAUAUAGCCACAAAGCCAGUCUGAACCGAACAUUUUCGUAUGAAUGAAGGGUUUCACGUUGUCUGAUGUUUUGGAGAUCCUAAAUAGCUCUGUUUUAUGUCGUGCUUCCCUCUGAAAAAUUUGAGGCCUUUUGGGAAGUGCCAAUGAGACUCCCAGACCUCGUGAGCAACUCCUUUCGAUGCUCGGUGUAUGGAGAACGGUUAGUCUCGGCUGCAAGAGAUGGCGACCUCCCGGAAGCUAAGGCUUUGCUGGAAUGCAAUCCGCGCCUCGUCCGGUACUCCACUCUCGGCGUUCACAACUCCCCUCUCCAUUAUGCUGCUGCUCAGGGCCACCAUGAGAUUGUUUCUCUGUUGCUCGAGUCCGGGGUGGAUAUUAAUCUGAGGAAUUACCGUGGUCAGACAGCUUUGAUGCAAGCUUGCCAGCAUGGUCACUGGGAAGUUGUUCAGAUUCUAGUUCUUUCUAGAGCAGAUAUUCACAGAGCGGACUAUAUCAACGGAGGCACUGCACUGCACUUGGCUGCAUUAAAUGGCCAUUCUCUGUGCAUCCGCCUCCUCCUUGUAGACUACAUACCAAGCACGCAAGAUCUCUUCAAUGCCAUGAGGGGAAAAUCAGAAAACUUGGAGUCUAUUACGGAGUUUGAUCAAGGUGCCCUUUGUGAAGUGGUCAACAGAGCUGCUGAUGGAGGCAUAACUGCUCUGCAUAUGGCUUCACUUAACGGAAAUUUUGAAAGCGUGCAACUUCUCUUGGACUUCGGAGCUUCUCAUUCUGUAGUUACUGAGGAUGAUGGAACUACCAUGGACAUUAUAGGUGCUGGAAGUACUCCACUUCAUUAUGCUGCAUGCGGCGGAAGUGAACGAUGUUGUCAGAUCCUGAUAGGCCAUGGUGCAAGUCUUACUGCUGUAAACAGUAACGGUUGGACCCCUUUGAUGAUUGCUCGCUCAUGGCACAAAAAUUGGCUUACGGAAAUCCUCAGCAGACAACCAGAUGGUCUGCUGGAAACUCCUCCUUCGCCUUACAUAUCUCUUCCUCUGAUGAGCAUUGUCAACAUUGCGAGAGAAUGUGGAUGGAAAAGCAGCAAUUUGCACGCAACAUACCAAGAAACCUGCGUGGUUUGCCUAGAGAGGAAGUGCUCUGUGGCUGCAGAAGGUUGUGGUCAUCAGUUCUGCACUAGGUGUGCCCUGUACUUGUGUUCUACUACCAGCAGUUCCGUCAUUGUUCACGGUCCUCCGGGCUCUAUUGCAUGUCCCCUCUGCCGGCACGGCAUUGUCUCGUUCGUUAAGCUUCCGGGGACAAGGCCGGUCGAUAGGGAGAUUGUGAAUGCGAGCCCAUCUCUUGCCUUCUGCACAUGCUAUGGAGCUGGGCCCGAGAAAACUUACUUGGAAAACCGAUAUCGCAAGCCGAUUUCCCAUGGCAUGCUAAUCUCGCUGCUGAGAUCAUCUUUCCGUGCCUUGAGCUUUCGCAAACUAUAUACGAUGAAAAUAGACCCUAGACUUUGCUUGGGAGCUCCAAGCACAAGUCCUCUAGACCCGUUCUCUGUUGAUAGGAAACUGCAGAAUCACCUAAGUAGGUGCUGGAGAUCGGCCUUGAGACGAUCAGGUUAUCGAUCGGUGAGCCGAGGAACAUGGUUUUCAGCAUUCAAUCAGUGUGUAGCAGCUACAGAAUAGCGGAUGCUGGAAGUUCAAGGGCAAUCUUUCUGAUUUCCAAUUACAGUAAAGCACAUAAAGAGUCCCCAGUAAAUAAGUCUUCUUAAUUUCUUUGCCUGUAAAUCACAUUUUGCUUGAGAUACUAUAGAGACAAAAGUGAUAAACACUGCAAAUACCUAAUGU